AUGUCCUUACCUUCGUUUUACCAUUUUGUGUUUUUGCAAAUACCUUAUUAUCUAAUUUUAUUUACAAUAAAAUGCCAUCUGGACCUACCAAAACAUCAAAAUAAAGAUCGAUGCGAAUUUUCAGUUUACCUUCGUUUAUUCCAAGGUUGGAACAUUAUUUUUACGAGUAUUUUUAUCUUAAUUAUAUGUGAUUCGGACUGGGCUUUCAAAUAUUUUGUGGAUGGAACAAAAUUACAGAAAUAUAAAUGCGGAUAUAUCGAUAGAAGUUGUUAAGGACACUGUCGUAAUUUUCCUUUUAUUUUUUCUGCAGCUCUUGCCAAUUGUAAUGUUAUGAAUCAUUGAGAGUGUCUAGUUUUCACUUAUUAAUAUUAAUUUAUUUUUUUAAUGGUUAACGUAUGCAUUAUUGUUAUAUAAAAUCUAUUUAUUAUUAUUUAUUUUUGGUAUAUUUAAGCUUUUUAGCUGUCAGCCUAUUUAUACAAUAAAAAUGUAACAAGCUCGU